UGUCACUUUGUAAUAGAGAUGUGAAACGACAUUCAACUGUGCUUUCUUACAAGAUUGUUUCUUUAGAGUUUCCUACAGAAUAUUUCAAGGAUAUCAUCAGGAUAGUAAUGGAUAAAUAAUCAGAAUUUUAAUGAUAAUAUAGUCAUCAUAAUGUCGACUUUGUACCCGAAAAAUGGUAUCAUCUACUACUACGCGGGCACUCAUAAAAGUUCAGCUGUUCUGUUUGAAAAUAAGUUUGUCCUUACUUCAGGUCUUACCAUGCUACAAGUGCCUUUCACAAAAAGAGAGUUCAAAGCCACUGUCGAGCAGAAGAUAAUUGAUGUUGACACUGAUAAUGAGUAUAGUUUUCUCCGGCACCUUGACUAUAGACUAGUAGUGCAAGGAAAGGGUGGAACGUUUUUUGAAAAGAAGGUGCAAAUCGCCUACAUUCUUUAUUCACCUGAUAUAGAAGAAACGAUAGAUAACAACUUCAAAAACUUGAAAUUUUCAUUAGAUGGAGAACACAAAUCUGUCUUGGAAUACAGCCUUUAUUUUUCAACAUUUGUGAUAAUGUCAUUUCCAGACCAAAAUAUAUCGUUAGACAUUAUUAGGCCAGAGUUUGAAAAUUGCAUUAACAAUCUGAAUCUACUCGAAGAUAUCGUUUGUAUUAGUAGUCCAUUUGGAAAUGAACAUUUUUUGAACAGCAUAAACUUUGGACAUGUAGCAAACGUAUUAGGAAAAGACAAUUGCUUGACAUUGCUGAAUAUAAGUCCGGCAUUCGGCUGUGAAGGUGCAGGAGUCUACGAUAAAAAUAGUAACCUCCGAAGCAUUAUGUUAUACUCAUGCUUCGAUCAUCAAAGCGAAAAUGUGUGCCUACCUCUAGCAGCAAAUGUAGGCGAAAUAUGCAAAAUCUUGUUUGAUAAGCCCCCUCUAAAUAACACAUGUGACAAACUAACCAUGUUUGUCCAGCGAUCAUCUUGUAUGAUCGAUUCAAUGGGCUGCUGGGGAACAGGAUGCCUGUUUCAAAUCAAUGGACGAAGUUUUGUGAUAACGUGCGCACACGUCUUACGCACCGACAACAUCACAUGUUAUUGUUACGAUAAGGUCUUCCAUCCGAAAUUGAUUUAUAAGAAUCCAAUAUUUGAUUACGCUUUCGAUGUAGCUUUACUAGAAGGCCCCAAAGAUGGACACAAUUUAGCAAAACUGGCAAAUUACAUCCCAGCAGUUGGUCAAACAGUGUACUGUGUCGGGUUCCCCGUGUUCAAACACUUCGGUAUGGAUGGUAAAUUUACCCCAAGCAUAUACCGCGGUAGAGUGACGAAAUACACCAAAGGAGUUAUAAAUACCGAUUGUCCCGUGCAGGCGGGUCAGAGCGGAGGUCCAAUAUUUGACGGUGACGGCAACUUACUCGCCGUAAUGGUAUCCAAUUUUAAGAAUGAGAUCGAUGGGAAAAUUUAUCCCUUUCACAACAUGUGCAUUCCAAUCUGUGAUAUUUACGACAUACUGUUCCGGUAUAGUAAAAAUUAUGAUUAUGCUGAACUGACGAAUCUUCAGGCAGAAAAAUCGAUAGUUGACAAAUGGAAGCUUAGAAACCCUAAAAUUGAGUGCAAACUAUGAAGCUUCUGAAUACUGUAUUAGAAUAAAAUGGUGGAUUUGCUAAGAAAGGCUGUGUUGUUUUAGUUAGUAA